CGCAAUAAUCGUAAGAGUACAGUGCACUAUUAUCGUCGUCCUGCAGCAGUUGUAGCUGGUAACUGCAGUGACUCGAUCGAUGAACAAACUGAUCGAAAACUAAGUUCACGAUGGCUACCACAAUUGUGUUUCAAGUAGCCGUCCUAACAUUUAUUGUUGUAUCCAGCGCAUUCGCAGACGUUGUUCAUCUGAAAAACGCCAAGCCAUGCCAUAAAACAGAAUCUCAAAAAACGAAAGACUUUGGCGAUGUUGCGUCAGCGACCGAUGGUUAUGCAAAUGUGGCUUACUCCUACCCAUCCGCAUUUCCGUUAGGUGACAAGUCCUUUAGCACUUCAUCUACUUUGGCUCCAUUUAAAUACGGAACUCAACCAACGCCUGCUCCGUUUGUGUUCAAAUCGCUGCAAUCUACCCCCGUACCAUUUGCGUACAGCGGUUCGUCGUCUGCAUCAUCUUUAUUCUCGGACAGUAUUCACCCUACUCCUGCACCGUUUGAAUUCAGUUCAGUGCAAUCUACAUCAACCCCCUUAACAUACAGUAGUCCAUCAUCAGCACCGGAGGACUCGUUCAAAUCCAUUGCCACGUUCUACUCCCAAUCCACUCCAUCUACAUUCUCGGUUGAAUCCCAGUCCACCCCUGCAUCAUUCGCACUUAGUGAUUCAUCUUCUUCCCAAGUAGCUUCAGUCAAACCCUUCGCCACGUUUGGAUUCCAAACCACUCCUGCUCCACUAGAAUACAGCGCUUCAUCAUCCACACCGGAAAACUCGUUCAAAUCAAUCGCCGCAUCAUACUCUCAGUCCACUUCUGUACCAUUGGCGUAUAGUGGUUUGCCUUCUGAUCCAAUAGUUUCAGCUAAAUCUAUUGCCACGAUUGGAUUCCAGCCCUCCCCAUCUCAAUUCACGUUCUCGCAGGGAAGUUCUUUCGCUCAGUACAAAGGAUAUUCUGCACCAUCUCCGAAUCACGAGAUAACCAUCAACCGAGAAGUACCAGUACCCUACUACGUCCAAAUUGAGAAGCGUAUCCCGUAUCCAGUAUUUGUGCGGGUUCCUCAUCCGUACCAAGUAACUGUCGAGAAGCACGUCCCGUACGCAGUUCGCGUACAAGUUGAUCGAGCUGUGCCCGUUCCGAGUCCGUAUCCAGUUGAAGUAGAGAAACGUGUCCCAUAUCCAGUUGAUAAACCAAUACCGUACGAGGUCCGCGUGCCCAUUGACCGACCAUAUCCAGUAAGUGUGCCGUAUGAAAAACCAGUGCCAUAUGCGGUCGAGAAACCGGUACCUUAUCCAGUUCGCGUUAACGUCGACCGUCCGUAUCCAGUUGAAAAACCUGUGCCAUACCCUGUUGCCGUCGAACGCCCAGUUCCAUAUGCUGUCGAGAAGCCAGUACCGUAUCCAGUCGAAAAACCAGUUCCAUAUCCCGUCGAAAAGCGGAUUCCGUAUCCGGUGAAGUACGAAGUGCCAGUCAAUGUCCCAGUCCCUGUUCAAGUCAAGGUACCCGUGAACGUCGACAGGCCAGUGCCGUAUCCAGUUGAAAAGAAGGUUCCGUAUCCUGUAGCUGUGCCGUACGAAGUCAAGGUCCCGGUACCCGUCCAAACGCCAGCUCAACGUUUUGCCACUGUCCAUUAUUAUCAACAGUCACCGAUCGUCGUGCAGCAAGAAUCAUAUAAGUCAUAUGCUUCCGGAUCAACCGCUGCUCCAGCCACCGACAAUUUUCUCUACCAAUCUUCUUUUGGGUCUGGAUCUGGAAAGAUUGAAUCUGAUUAUGCUGGAUCUAACUAUAUCAAAUCUGAAUAUGCCGGAUCAGGUCUAACUCAGGAAAAUGGAUCAUAUGGUUUCGGGCAACAAUCGUUCUAUGGUUCUUCAACUCCCGUCCCGUAUUCGGCAGCUAGUUCUGGAAAAACUGAAUCUGAUUAUGCUGGAUCUAACUAUAUCAGAUCUGAAUAUGCUGGAUCAGAUCUUGCUCAAGAGAAUGGAUCGUAUGGUUUAGGACAGAAAUCAUUCUACAGUUUCUCAACUCCUGUCCCGUCUUCAACAGCUGGAUACACAGCACCAUCAUCCUCACCUCAAUACGAAUCGUCUGACUUUGAAAAAGUUGCCCAGCAAGUUUCUGUCGGAACGUCAGCCACCGCUGAGUCUCAGCAGACCGAUAAUCUUGAAGUUGGGAAGAAAUAAAUCUUCGAAAUGUUUAUAUUACAAUGUUAUAUUAUUUACUUUUCAUAAAAGCUAUGCUAUAUCAUAUUAUUAUAUUUUAAUA